GUGGUUUUUAGGUGCUCCCCUUUUCAUCACCCAGCAUUCCACCUUGCACCGAGAAACUUUCUAGUGAACGUCUAUCUGUAUAUCUCACCUUUGUCAGACAGAUUAUUGCUGUUUGGGUAGCUCUUAUAUCCUAUCCCCUCUCUCGCUUUCCAUUUCCUCUUGCAAUACCUGUGCUUCCGUAAUUACAAGCAUCUCCGCGAUGGUAGAAUGCCCAGCUUGCGGCAAAUGUGUCCAGUCUACUAAGAUUAACGACCACCUCGAUUCAGGAUGCCAAACUUUCGUUGUCGAUAGCUCAUCGAUUUCGUCAUCCUCUUUUCAGGGGCCGUCCACACAGAGCUAUAGCUCCAUGCCGCCUUCACAGAAGCGCGCGCCAUCCAGUUUCUUCCAUACUUCAUUCACAAAUCGCCAAUCCAACCCUGUCAAAGCCACACACCCCCUAAUCAACAGUAUCGGGCAAGGGACGAAAUUAAAUGGUGCCCUCAAGCGCUCCUUCGAUGAAGGCCCUGGAGAAAUCUUGCCUGCUCAUGAUGCGAGCAGCAAGGUGGAGAGCGUAGAGCCUGCGGAGACAGGUCCUGUACUGAAGAGAACCAAAACAAAUCGGUCAGCACCGCUUGCUGAGCGCAUGCGACCCCAGAGCCUCGACGACAUCUUCGGGCAAGACCUAGUCGGCCCACACGGCGUUCUACGUUCGCUCAUCGAAUCCGAUCGGUUGCCAUCAAUGAUAUUAUGGGGGGCGUCAGGCACUGGGAAGACAACCAUCGCACGGUGCAUAGCCAAUAGGGUUGCAUCACGGUUUAUCGAGAUGAAUGCCACAAGUUCGGGCGUAGCAGAGUGUAAAAAAAUAUUCGGUGACGCAGCCAACGAGCUGGCGCUAACGGGCCGGAAAACUGUAGUAUUCUGCGAUGAGAUUCAUCGUUUCACGAAGGCGCAGCAGGACGUGUUCCUAAAACCGGUGGAGGCGGGCACGAUAACCCUCAUCGGCGCAACAACCGAAAACCCAAGUUUCAAGGUUGUUAAUGCGCUCCUUUCGAGAUGCCGAACGUUCACGUUGCAGAGGUUGACGACAGCGGACAUACAGCGAGUAUUAUCGAGAGCAUUACAAACCGAGUUUUCGAUACCUUCAUCACCGCUGCCACCUCUCCUGGACGAGGAGUUCAUCGGUUAUCUAGCCAACUUUGCCGAUGGCGAUGCACGGACGGCCCUCAACCUAUUAGAACUAGCUAUUUCCCUAACAAGUCGAGAAGGGAUGACGAGAGAAGAGAUGAAAGCAUCACUCACUAAAACGCUCGUCUAUGAUCGUGCGGGCGACCAGCAUUACGAUACUAUCUCUGCUUUCCAUAAGUCAGUCCGUGGCUCUGAUCCAGACGCUGCCCUAUAUUACCUGGCCCGUAUGUUGCAAUCAGGGGAAGAUCCUCUGUUCAUUGCACGGCGUAUGGUUGUUAUUGCAUCCGAAGAUGUUGGGUUAGCUGAUAACUCGCUUCUCAGCCUCGCCACGUCAACAUUCACGGCAACGCAGCAGAUAGGUAUGCCCGAAGCUCGAAUACCUUUAGCUCACUGUGCGGUAGCACUCUCACUCGCGCCGAAAAGUACACGUGCCUAUCGCGGGUUAAACAAUGCCUUCGCUGCCUUGAAGGAACCGGGCAUAGCCGGCCUGCCGAUUCCAAUUCACCUAAGGAACGCACCGACACGAUUGAUGCGGGAACUUGGGUACGGCCGAGAGUAUAAGUACAAUCCGAACUAUAAAGACGGCAAAGUCAAGCAAGACUACCUGCCUGACGCACUACUCGGCCGCACAUUCUUGGAGGAUCGGGAUUUAGGCACUGAGACAGACCAAGACCUAGCUACGGAUGGUGCGUGAUUAUUUAUUUGUAAAGAGGAACGAGGCGGCGUUAAUAAACAACGAAGGCUAAUUAAAGGCAGGGUAACUUAAAAGAGUAAAAGGAUAGCUGUCUAUAAGUAUUAAUUAGUAUAACGUGAGAAAUUAUAUAUUAUAAAACUGUGUUUAUAAAUUGUUACGUAGCUGGUGAGAGCUACGUGUGGCUUACUAGGUUGCGCGCUAAGGGAGUAAUGAAAUACGGGUAAGAAGGUAUGUAUUAACUUACUAGAAAGAAUGAAAUCUACU